CUCGCCUUAUCGUUCAUUCGUUCCUUCUGUUUACGUUUUACUUACUAUUAUUAUUAUUUGAAAGUCCCCGAGACACGUUGCGUCACCAGACCCGUGCGGCCGUGUUCGAUUCCGUAAGUUCUUGCGGUUUGAAAGCUACGAAAUGGUACUCGACUUGGACUUAUUUCGCACGGAAAAGGGCGGCAACCCUGACCGAAUACGUGAGAACCAGAAGAAACGUUUCAAAGACCCAAACCUGGUGGACAAAGUGGUCGAAGCAGACGGCAAGUGGCGGCAGCUACGUUUCAAAGCGGACAAUCUGAACAAGUUGAAGAAUCUAUGCAGCAAGACCAUUGGUGAGAAAAUCAAAUCCAAAGAACCGCAGCCUGAAAAGAGUGACGACAUCCCUGUUGAUUUCGAUUUGGACAAAGUGACAGUCGACGUACUCAAACCACUAUCGGUUGAACAGAUAAAAAAAGUGCGUGUACUCAUUGACAACACACUGACACAAAACGAGAAGGACUUGAUCGACAUAGAGAAGACGAGAACCGAUUCGUUCAAAGAGGUUAGUAAUUUCUUGCACGAAUCUGUGCCCAUCAGCAACGAUGAGGAUCUCAAUGCUGUUGUUGCCACUGUUGGCGACUGCUCCAUAAAGAAGAAGUAUUCUCAUGUAGAUUUGAUUCAUAUGAUUGAUGGUGUGGAUGCUGAUGCUGGUGCCACGGUAUCAGGUGCUCGAGGAUACUACCUUAAGGGCCCCGGUGUGUUUUUACAAUCUGCCCUUGUUCAAGAAGCACUUCGCCGAUGGGAUGAUAAGGGAUACAAGCCGUUGUACACGCCAUUUUUUAUGCGCAAAGAAAUCAUGCAAGAAGUUGCUCAACUUGCACAGUUUGAUGAAGAACUGUACAAAGUUAUUGGAAAAGGCAGUGAGAAAAUUGGUGACAAUGAUUUAGAUGAAAAAUAUUUAAUCGCUACUUCUGAACAACCAAUAGCAGCUCUCCACCGUGACCAGUGGCUACCAGAAGCUAGUCUUCCUAUUCGUUAUCUUGGUGUUUCUACAUGUUUCCGACAAGAAGUUGGCUCUCAUGGAAGAGACACUAGGGGAAUUUUUAGAGUACACCAGUUUGAAAAAGUUGAACAAUUUGUUUUGACUUCUCCUUUUGAUAAUCAGUCUUGGGUUUUGUUUGAUGAGAUGAUUAAUAAUUCUAGACAAUUUUAUGAUGAUUUAGGCAUUGCUUACCGAGUUGUCAACAUUGUGUCUGGUGCACUGAAUCAUGCUGCUGCCAAAAAACUUGACCUGGAAGCAUGGUUUCCUGGUUCGGGAGCAUUCCGAGAAUUAGUGUCUUGCAGUAAUUGUUUGGACUACCAAUCAAGAAGAUUAUUGGUGCGAUAUGGCCAGACCAAAAAAAUGAAUGAAAAAGUUGACUAUGUGCAUAUGUUAAAUGCUACUGCAUGUGCUACAACUAGAGUGAUAUGUGCUAUAUUGGAAACAUAUCAGACCGAAACAGGAAUUAAAGUGCCAGAUAUAUUAAAGAAAUAUUUACCAACCAGGUAUCAAGAUGAGAUACCUUUCGUAAAACCAGCUCCCAUUGAUGAGGAAGAAACAAAGAAGCAAAAAAAGCAGAAAGAAGGAAUGAAAAAUAAAAAAUAAAAGAGUUAUAAUUAGUAAUAUUCAUUAUCCAA